ACGCCAUAUUGAAGCCUGGCAGAGGCCGAGGCGGGGCAGUGGGAGUGAGCCUUCGAGGUGGGUGAGGGGCGGGCGAGCAGCCUUGUUAACUCGUAGCUGGGACCUGGGUAUGGAGAAGCCGGCUUCGGUUUCACACCGACCGAUCCUCCUUGGCUUCCCUCAGCGCCACUGCGCAUGCUUGGGACGGUUUGACCGCGGCUGUUUUGUCUUCUUUUUCUGUUGGUUUUCCGAAGGAGCACUUGCCAGUUUCUCAAAUUCCUGAGACCUCUACAACACCGAGCAUGAGCGACUGGAUGCCCAUUGCCAAGGAAUAUGACCCGCUUAAAGCUGGCAGCAUCGAUGGUACAGAUGAAGACCCCCAUGACCGAGCUGUGUGGAGGGCCAUGUUGGCCCGCUAUGUCCCCAACAAAGGAGUCACCGGUGACCCCCUCCUUACCCUGUUUGUGGCACGACUGAACUUGCAGACCAAAGAAGAGAAGUUAAAGGACGUCUUCUCACGGUAUGGUGACAUCCGGCGGCUGCGGCUGGUUCGGGACUUGGUGACAGGCUUCUCCAAGGGCUACGCCUUCAUUGAGUACAAGGAGGAGAGGGCCCUGAUGAAGGCCUACAGAGAUGCUGAUGGCCUGGUCAUCGACCAGCACGAGAUAUUUGUGGACUAUGAGCUAGAGAGGACCCUCCGCGGCUGGAUCCCUCGGCGGCUGGGUGGUGGAUUGGGCGGGAAAAAGGAAUCUGGGCAACUGAGGUUCGGUGGCCGAGAUCGGCCUUUCCGAAAACCCAUUAACUUGCCAGUUGUCAAGAAUGAGCCACAUAGAGAAGGAAAAAGGGAAAGGAGGGAGCGAUCUCGAUCUAGGGACAGACACUGGGACCCCAGGCCCAGGGACCGGGACCAUGAUAGGGGCCGAGAGAAGCACUGGCAAGAGAGGGCCAGGGUGUGGCCUGAGAAUGAUUGGGAAAGAGAGAGGGAGUUCAGGGAGGACAGAGCCAAAACCAGGGACAAGAGGGACAGAAGUAAGUAGAGCCGGCAGCAGGCAGUGGAGAGGGGCUGAAGCACCAGGCCUCCGUCAGGCUGGGGAUUGAACUGGAGAGGGCGGCAUGCCAGGCAAGCGCUCCAAUCACAGCCACAUAGGAUGGGAGGGAGAAACAACUGUCUAAGAGGUCACCGGCUCACGUGGAAAUAGAACUAAGUUUUCACGUGCUGUCAGCCCAGCACUUGGGAGUUGGAGACAGGUGUAUGGAAAGAGAGGGGGGUUAAUAAAGAAUCUGUCUUCGCUGUCUCACACCCUUUGAGGUGGGGUUAAAUCUGUGGCAGAGGGGAUGGUGGUUUAAAACCCUUAAGUAGCCUGAGGUGGUGACACACCCCUGCCAUCCUAGCGCUGGGGAGGCAGAGGCAGGAGAAUUGCAAGUUUGAAGCCAGUUUAGGGUACAAAAUAAGACCCUGUCUCAAUAGCCUAUGAGAAUUAGUUAUACUGACAUUUACUCCUGGGAGUCUUUUCCAUUUCAUGUUUGUAGCCCCAGGGUUUGCUGAAUUGGAAGAAAAGGGCCUGGAAAGGCCAAAUCCAAGGAUUUGACAGCAGGUUGAGCAUCUGGGUCAGCAGGCAGCUGCUGUCAGGUCCAUGUAAUCGCUCCCUGAGAAAGUGCUGACCACCAGCCUUCUUCCCAGACUGGCAUUUAAAGUGAAAGUCUUGCAGGGCUAUGACCUGUAGCUGACUCAGAGCUCUCUUAAGAUAAACCCAGGCAAUGGUGGCGCGUGCAGAGGCAGGCAGAUCUUUGUGUUUCAGGCCAGCCAGGCCAGCCAGGGCUGCUCAGUGAGACUAUCUCAGCAGGAAUGAGAUGAAAGAAAGGGAGGAAGGAGAGACUGCCUGAACCUAGUUUGAAGGGCUGGUGAAGCCCUUUCUCUGACUAUCUGGAUUUGGGUUUGCUGGACAGCUGGGUUCUGUGAACUUGAAAUCAACCAAAGACUGCUCUCAAGACUUUAAAAAUAAAAUUGCAUUUAGCUGUA